AUGGCUGCAAGUGCAAGUGUAAAGCGAGAGAGGAGUACCAACUGGUCCUUGGCCGAAAUAACUGUCUUAACAGAUUUCGUGGAAAAGAACGAAGAAGUUUUAAAAGCCAAACAGAGCAAUUUGAUAACAAAUGCCAAAAAGAACAGCAAAUGGGCAGAAGCGACAGAUUUAGUCAACGCAGUUGGGGUACAACGCAGGUCGGUAGAGCAAGUGAAGUUUAAAUGGGGGAAUCUGCAACAGGGGGCUAAGAAGACAUUUACAGAGACCCGUAAACAUGCCAGGAAAACAGGCAGUGGACCUCCACCCAAACCCCCUACUGCCGCCGAGGAGAAGAUAAUUGAUUUAAUGAAAGACAAGCCAAAUUUCUCUGGAAUCGCUGGGGGCUUCGAGUCAUCAAUGCCAGGCACAACAGGUAUAACAAUGAAUAUUACAAAGAAUGGACAGAAAACAUGUAAAAAGUCCAACGGCAUUAUUAACUCGAAAAUAUAA